AUGUCUCUUGCUGGUACACUUAGAGAUUUUCUUGUCAAAUCUAAAUCGCCUGGUCAAGCGAACUAUCUCAACUGGGCUUUUUCAUGGGAGUCCUCAAACUUGCUUCUAAGCGACAAGCCUCUUAACAAUCUCAUUAAAGCCUGGCAUCCAGCUCGAUCCGCCAAGGAUGAGGUCCCAAUAUCCCGGCUCGCAGCGCGCAACAUUCUCGUCAAUCUCAGCAGUGAUCAAAUCCGCCAACUCCGGCUGUACAGUCUCUUAGAAAUCGAAGAGGCGAAACAAGAUAUCAAAACGGCCGAAGCCACUCUGCAAAAGCUCCAGCAUCAGGAAAUUGCCACCACCCAGGAUGAACAUCAACCUUCAGCAAUGAGAGCCAUAGUCAACGCCCUCGUGGCUAUCGUCGCCCUGUUCCUCGCUCUUUUUGGCUUUGGCAUUAGCAAUGCUCCAACCGAGGAGGAAUCAAAAAAUGCUGCGGCUGUGAAGAAGGUUUCGCUUGAGCGCAAGAAGGCUGAGAAGAGGAUUAAGCGUGCAGAGGCGCACAUGCGUGCUCUUGAUCGACUUGUUGAGGCGCAGCAACUUGAUAUAGGGGAUAAUGGGACUGGAAGCUGGGAGAUGCUCGGGAGAUGA